AUGCGCAAGGCCAUGCUGCUCUAUUAUCGGUACUUUGUCUUCGGGCUUAUCGUCGUCGGCGACGCUGUCCUCUGCAGCGCCGGCGUGUGGAACCUCAGCCUUGCUCAGGCAGCGGGGUCAACUCCGCAGGUGGACCCGUUUGUCAUUUUUCUGGGCGCUUUCGGCCUUGUGAUUGUACUUCCCACCUUGUUCUUAGAUGUAUUCUGGAAACAUGCGCUCACUGGACGCGUGUGGAUCGAGUCUGUAUGGGUAGGACUGUUGUCGCUGCUGCACCUCGCGGGUGCAGCGGCCGUGACUGCAAACUUGCCCGCUGUUAUGUGCGGACAUCAAGACGCCCACGUUUUCGCUAAUUCAUGUACAUCCACGAAGCUCAUUGAAGCUUUCGCAUGGUCAUGCGCUGUAUCUCUGCUCAUCUAUCUAUUCGCCCUCAUCUCUUCCGGUAUCAUACACUCCCGCCUCGACGACAUUGUGUGGCAUGCUCACGUCCGCACGUACCCAUGGUACCGACAUGCCUAUUGUCAACAGAUCAAAAGUCGACCGGGCUCCCCCGCUCUCCCUCACCGUCACUCCGUCGUCGCCCCUCAACCUCGCCGCCCAAUCAAUUUACCCACUGAAUCAGAAUUGGGCGCCCACUAUCAGAUCGAAUACCUCGGCUCCCCUAUCGCCGUGGAGGCAGCGGAAAACCCGGUGCCUCCCAUCCCUGCGGUCACAGCCGCCCAGUCGAUGCUACAGAAGACACGCCAGGUGUCAUUGACGAUGCCCUCGCUGUAUCCUGAACACAUACAAUCGACUUGGAUGGCGCCUGAGCGCGGGCCCCUCCUUCCCGAACCGUCGGCUUCACGACCCGAGUCCAACCCUGCGCCUUGGCGGACUGUGUCUCUUCCCGCCGACGAGUCGCCGUUGGGUGAAUGGCCACGCAAGGAUAUCAUGAAGGCGCCUCCGGGGCCGCGGCGCACAGCCCGCAAGCCGCCGCCUUCCGCGUUUCCCGAUGCAUCCCAGAGUCCCCCCGUUGCUGAGUCGGCGGAGGAGAAGAGGGUUUCAUCCACACAGUCGCCUUCAUCCCGUCCAGUGCGGCCGACGGGUCCGCGGCAGCGGACUCGGUCCAGCUUGGACAUGCUGCGCCCGCCUGCAUUAGAUCUCUCAGGGAUCAGCAACAUUCGGACUUAG